AUGUUGGAAGCACCUCAACCCCCUCCCGGCUAUGACAGCGUUCGGUCGUGGCUCGCUGUUCUCGGCGCAUCACUAUCGCUAUUCUGCACGGUGGGCUUCCUCAAUGCCUUUGGCGUCUUCCAGGAGUACUAUCAGUCGUACCUGGGGAAAUCAGAGUCCGACAUUUCAUGGAUUGCUUCCGUCUCCAUCUUCAUCAUAUAUGUGGGAGCACCAAUAUCAGGCAUUCUGACCGACAGAUUGGGCCCUACGGUUCUGUUGUGCGCCGGUAGCGUCGGCCAAGUCCUUGCUCUGUUCAUGACCUCGAUUUGCAAGCAGUACUACCAGGCAUUCCUGGCUCAGGGAAUCCUCCUCGGAGUGAGCAUGUCGCUGAUAUUCUGCCCCCCCGUGGCUGUCGUCUCACGCCGCAUGCCUCAUCGCCGCGGCCUCGCUCUGGGCCUUAGCAUCGGCGGGUCCUCCAUCGGUGGCAUCAUAUGGCCAAUCAUGCUCGAGCAACUGCUCAACAAGCGCCAGCUCAGUUUCGGUUGGACUAUGCGCGCCGUCGCUUUCGCCAUGAUUCCUCUCCUGGCCAUUACCUGCAUCACUGUACGCGAUGCACCCGCCCCCGAAGCAUCUCCCACUGCAUCUGAGGCAGCAUCGGACGGGAACGAGAAGGGCACAAAUUCCUCGAGUGACGAGACGCAGUCCGAGAAGAAGACGGACUAUUCCAUCCUGCAGAAUAGGACCUUCAUCCUCCUAUGUGGAGGACUGGCCGUUGGCUACUUUGGUCUCUUCACGCCCAUCUUUUUGGUCACGGGCUUCGGCGUUCAACACGGCCUGUCCACGUCAACGGCCUUUUACCUUUUGUCCGGACUGAACGGCGCUUCCUUCUUUGGACGAGUGAUUCCUGGUUUCCUCGCAGAUCGAUAUGGUCAUUUCAAUCUUUGUGCGCUGGCGACACUCGCGGCUGGUAUUGUGGGUUUCUGCUGGACGGCGGCCACUUCUGUUGCUGGUUUGGCGGCCAUCAUGAGCUUGCAGGGUGCAUGCGUAGGAAAGAUUGCGCAUCAGCGUCACCAAGGGUUAGCUGUCGGGUUCAUGAUGAGCUCUAUCGCCGUGACCGCUCUCGUUGGACCUCCCAUCAGCGGCCAGAUACUUGAGCACGCGGGGUAUCUGGCCUUGUCAAUGUGGACUGGAGCGACUCUUGUCGCUGGAGCUGCCAUCCUUGCUGUGGCCAGAUGGCGAUUGAACAACAACUUGAGGGCGGUCAUCUAG